CGGGUUCGGCACGUGCUUCCGGAACAAAGUGCUUCGGUAGUGGGGAUGCGUUGGGAACCAUCCCUCCCCCCAUCAUCCAUAGGAGCAAUCGAUCAUUACUUUACUCCCGCGCGCCCCAGUCUGGCGAAUCGCGAUGGCAGGGAAGGUGAGCGUCGCUGUCUUGGUGGGCCUCGCCCGCCAGACGACGGCCCUAUCACUCAGCUUGGAGAGUAACGAUACUGCCCUUACCCUGGAGGAAGAGGGCUUUGUCAGCGCUUGGCGUGGUAUCCCAUUGGAUUCAAUUGAUCCGUCCAAGUAUCCGCAGUUCAUCCAGUGGCUUGACCAGGGGAUGGACGACCCUAGCGGCGCCAGAACGGAAGAGUCUGUCUUGGCGCAGGCGAAGCAGGAUGCGAAGGGGAACACAGGCGCCGCACAUUUCGCUGACCUCCAUUCAUACAUGGACAAGUGCCAGGCAUCUGAUCCGGAAGUGGUGGAGAUCCCCACAUGGAUGGGCCGGAUGGGCAACCGCGUCUGGCAGGUUCUCAAUGCCGUACGUAUCGCAGAAGCGACUGGGAGGAAGUUCGUGAAGCUCCCAAAAGCUGGUGGUGGCCUUGACCAUCACUUGUUUAACAGCCCGAAGAACCAGCUCAUCGAAAUCAUUCCCCCGAAAUCACCGGAGACCUGCGACUUCGUGCCCGUAUCUGGCAAGAUGUACGCCUGGCACCACGACUGCCGGUUCCUCUUCUUCAACCGCUGCCGAACCACCAUCACGGAGCGCCAUGCGGCCUAUCAGAAAUACGUUUUGCCGCUGCUGAGCAGCGAGGUCCGGGACAAAUGUGAGCCUGGCGCGGACGAUGAGAUCACCGUCCACAUCAGGAACGGCGACGUGGCCCUGCACGACGACCUCAACCCGGAAAUGCGGCCAGAGCACAGGCAGCCGCCAUGUGCCUAUUUCCACAAGGUCAUCGAGACGGGCUACAAGGGAGGCCCGUUCAAGAGGGUCCAGCUGGUGUACUCCACCGAGGAGCCGGCCAGCCCAUGCAUCGAAGACAUUCUGGCGAAGCACAAGGACAAGGUGGUUCUCAAGCCGUCGUCCAGCCUGGCUGGCGACGUGUGCCAUAUAUUGGAGACCAAGAACCUCGCAACCACGAUGAGUUCUUUUGCCACCGUGCUCAAGAUGAUGAACCAUGGGCUGCAGCGACUUUUCUUCGUCAACAUGUUGUCCGAGAAGAUCAUGACGAAGGAGCAGUACGACAUCCAGAUGGACUACUACGAGUUCAGGGUGGACCAGCUGUGCCAAGUAUUCCCCGAAGUCACAAGCUACCAGGUGCCCGACCUGUACUUGAACGAGAACUUCUUCUUGAGGUUCCCAGAAGAGAACUUCGUUGUCGAUACCUGCAAGAACCACCCAAGAAGCAGCGCGGGCACCACAGGCGCGGCCAAGAAGAACAUCUUCCGGCGCAUGUUCCGGUGAGUCGCGGGUGAGGGGUUUAGCCAGCGUCCGAUUUCUUUGGCUAGCUUCUUGCCUCUGAGGACGCACCAACUCGUGCCUUAGGGCGCCAUGGCGGUUAUUAAUACGUGUUGCCGAGAAGGACGAAAGACCCUGUCCCUAUCUCGCUCCGUCCGCCCCUGCGGUCAGCCCCACCUCAGAUGCUUGCUUCUGCACCUUCUGGAUCCGGGGGCGUAGAGAGGAUGCGCCGCUGGAGCUGCAAGCCUAGCGCUCCUCCGCCCGGUGCACCACGCGGUUUCGGUGUCGGUGCGAGCACUCGCCGGCGCCCGCCGGCGCGCCUGUUUGUAAUUCCGGAGUCCGACU